AUGGCGGACUCGAUGCCCAUUCCGCUUCCUCCUCGCACGCCUACACCUCCUCCUGAUGAGCCGUCCUCCCUGCAGGAUAUGCCCGUCUUCGAUCCAGAAACUCCUUUGGACUCAAACUCGCUCUCGCCUCUUCACAUUGAACAACGCGAACAUAUGGCAUCGCCCGGAUCGUCGUACAUCUCUCCCACCACUCCAGACAAACCAAGUGCAAAUGGAAACGGAGCAGGUCCUUUCAACUUCCAGCCGGCAACGUUGGCAAAGUCGCCUGUUGUAAAAUCUAACAUCGGCCAGAGACGCGGCCACAAAUACAAGCACAGCAGUGUUUCGCAUCAGAUCUUCCUCGAACCUCCUCCGCGGGCGCCACUCGCCCUCCCAAAUUCCCUCCCGAUCCCUACUUUCGCCGAAUGCCGAGCAAGCAUGACAAAAGAUCAGAAUAUCCGAUUUUAUUGGAGCAUUUGCCAUAUGGCGGUUGCAGGCUACGCAGCGUGGAAUGCCCAUGGGUCCGCGGCCAUGGAAGCAUUAUCGCAUUUGAUCUUCUACGAUUCUCUCGGCGCGUUUGUGUGCGUCUUCGUGGAAGUUCUCUCAAACUUCGAGGUAUGGGGACGAUCAAGUCUAAGGCACCCCUUUGGCUUGCAACGAAUGGAGGUUGUUGCUGGUUUUGCUCUCUCCGUGUUGCUGAUAUUCUUCGGCUUCGACCUGAUCUCUCACAACGCGAAACAUGCCCUCGAAGGCAUUGGGCACGAACCACACCAUCCGCACAGCCACGAGCGCGUAUCUGCAGGAACACUUGACCUGACCGUCAUGCUUGCUUUGAUUUCUACGUUAAUCUCGGCCGUUGGGCUCCAGAACCACGCCAGGAUCGGCAAGGCAAUGCGAUUUGCGGCCAUGGAGAAUCUGCCCUCCUUACUGAGCAAUCCGUCCCACUUGUUGACGCUAUCCUGUUCUGCAACCAUCCUCAUGCUUCCCCUCCUGUCGCUGCACACCUACGAUUGGAUAGAUAAGGUCCUCUCUAUGAGUAUAGCCUUGAGCAUGCUGUUCCUAGGCGUUCAUCUGGGACGCAAUGUGGGCGCCAUGCUCCUGAUGUCGCUCCCUUCAAAGUCGGAAAGCGUCGCGCAAGUCGUCAAGGCUAUCGAAGCCGAACCCUUGGUGCGCAGUGUGGAACAAGCCAAAUUCUGGCAAGCACAUUACGGCAUGGGCAUGGCCAACUUGCGACUUCGUGUUGUUGGCACGGAGGAAAAUUUGGUGAGGCUGAGAGAGAGGAUAUCCAGCAUGAUUCGCAACCAUCUCAGCGGUGGUUAUGGGCAAGGGAGCACUGGCCAAAAAUGGGAGGUCAAUGUGCAAUUUAACGUAGAGACGGAAAGCGCAUUCUCUGCGAGCCACAAUCAUCUGGUGUCCGGGCCAGGCUGGACGCCCAACUGA